AAGCUCCCUCAGCGGGACAAGUCUGCUUCUCUCUGCUAAGACUGACUGACAGCCUUUCAAAAGAACACACGAACACAUUUUACCUAAAGAAGCCUGAGAUCUACUGUCUUGGAAAGGAGUCAUGACCAAAGAGAUUGAGACUCUGGGACUGGUCCUUCAGAACGAGAGCUUCAACUACCAGCGCUACAAUAACUACAUCAUGGACUCCUGGGCCUACACAGACAGCCUACUCACAUACGACCAGUGCAAGACACCCAAAGAGCAGAAAAUGGUUGCAUGCAGCCGAGGCAGUAGUAUGUACAAGCCAUCGGAGAGGACUAUGAUUGGCUCCUCCCCCGAGCUGGUCUCCCUGGAGAUGCCAGCCAACAUUAUGAAGCUGCUGCCCGAGAACAUUUCCUCCAACCACCCCCAGGAGGCGCUGGAGCUGAACAGCAAGCUGUCACCCCUCUGUCCCCCCUCUGUCCCCCAAAACCUUCUCCCUCUCACCCCCAGUGCCGACACCUACGACAAGCAGGUCAUCAACAACAUCUUCGACUCCUUGCUCUCCCAGAAGUGGUCCACAGAGACAGCCUUCCCUGAGGCCACCACUGAGCAGACUCUACCCUACAGCGAUCCCUUUGCCGAGCAGCACAGCCCAGUUUACUCGGACUCUUACAGCAAAUCUCCUCCAGAGAGAUACAGGAACAAUUUCCAGUUCAUUCUGGGAGCCCCUCAAGCCAUCCAGAAGAAGUCGUCCGAGCUGCCCAUGGUUUACCUCAACAAGGGCCAGUUCUACCCCAUCUCCCUUCAGGGGGUGGACAGCUCAGCCAGCCUGAUCUCCAACAAAGUCAAGACGGUGGUCAUGGCGGUGUUUGAGAACGACAAGAACGCAGAGAUUCAGCUGAGGUGCUGGAAUCACUGGCACGCACGGCAGCCGACCGUUAAGCAGAGAGUCAUUGACAUCGCUGACUACAAAGAGGUAUUCAGUGGCAUCAGCCACGUGGAAGAGGUAGCCUUCAACGCUUUGUCCUUCAUCUGGAACCCCAAUGAGGAAGCUAAGGUGUACAUUGGCAUUAACUCUCUGAGCACAGACUUCUCCUCUCAGAAGGGAGUGAAGGGGCUUCCUCUCAACCUCCAGAUCGACACAUAUGAUUUCAGCAGCGGCACCAACCGCCUUAUCCACAGAGCGGCCUGCCAGAUCAAAAUCUUCUGCGAUAAGGGUGCAGAGAGGAAGAUGAGGGAUGAAGAGAGGAAGAGGAGCAAGAGGAGGGUCAAGACAGUCAUUGACUCAAGCAACAACACCAACAAGUCAGUAGUGUCCAGCUCAAUGGGAAGUGGCAGCACCUUCUUCAAGACCCUGGAGGACCACGUCACCAACCCUGUACUCUUCAUCCCAGAGAUGCACCUCUCCAAUAUGCAGCGCUGCGGCUUGGCACCCCCCACAACGUUGGAGGAGGUUGAGAAGAGCUCACUGAAGAGACUUUACCGUGAUAGACUGGAACAAAGCAAUGGUAGCCCGCCACCAAGCAAGCAGGCCAGAUGCGAGGAGCAACAACGAGUGCUCCUGUACGUGAGAACAGAGUCGGAGGAAGUGUUCGAUGCUCUCAUGCUCAGCAGCCCAACCCUGAAAGGUCUAAGACAAGCGAUUUCUGAAAAGUACGUCAUGCAACAGGACACCAUUGGGAACAUCUACAAGAAAUGCAAAAGAGGGAUUUUCGUCAACAUGGAUGACAACAUCAUUGAACACUACAGCAACCACUCAGCAUUCCUCAUAGAGAUCUCUGAAAUCAUGUGCGGUCAGUUCCAGGUCACUCUCAUGGAGUUAUGAAGAGAGGGGGGCGGACAUUUUUGAUGUUCGGGCCCACCCCAUUGCAAAGCGUGGCCAAUCAAACUGCCUGCCGAUUUCAACUUUUUAAGCACUACUCUGUGAGAGACUCUAUUGGCUAGCCCAAGAGGGCAAAGACCAAUGGGGCCAAAGAAGACAAGCUACACCCACCAUCAGUUCAACCAUCGAACCGACUUCAGACCAAGAGCUUUAUACCGAUGCCAGUCACUGCCUUUGUAAAUACAAUUUAACCCUCUUAUGACUUUUUACUGUAGUAUAUAUUUUAUAACAGAGCGAUUCUGAUGAAUUAUGCUGUAAAUAUUUGAUGUAAAUAGAAAUGAAUAUGACAUAUGAGUUGUCCCUUUGAGGAGACAUACAGCGAUAGCAUAACCCAUUUUCCACAAACAUCCAAAGCUAUGCAUUUCCAUUUCAGGAGACAUACCGUCCAUGUAUGUUGUCAACUUUUCCAAAGACUGCCAUUCUUGCUGCUUUUCAUGUACUUAUAAUUUCUUCCAAGGGAUCUCAAGUAAUGGGAAUGAUGCCAUUGUGUUGGAUUAUAUAUGUUUUUCAUUAUAUUACAGAUGUAGGAUCUUAAUUUGUGCCAGUUUGCUACAGCAGGAAAAUAAUCCUGCAGCAACAGGGAAUAAA